AUGAGGUAUUGGGUGCAUGAUGACGUUGAACAAAGCGAGAAUGAACAGAUAGCUAUUUCAACUGGUCAAACAGUCUCUACACCCAAUGGUCAAACUGCCUCGACAUCCACAAAUCAAACAGUCUCCACACCCAAUGGUCAAACUGCCUCGACAUUCACUGAUCAAACAGCCUCGACAUCCUCUAAUCAAACAGUCUCUACACCCAAUGGUCAAACUGCCUCGACAUUCACUGAUCAAACAGCCUCGACAUCCACAGAGUCAACUAGCCCUCUGUUUCAAAAACGUUUAAAACGAACGUACAACACAAAAUCAUUAAAAGAUAGGCCAUUAAACAAAGAACGCAAAGAACUUAUAACACAUGGCAUUUGUGAAGUUAUUACUAGUGACUUGCUGCCUUUUUCCUUUGUUGAAAAUGAAGGAUUUAAAAAACUUAUGAAAUUGGUUGAACCUAACUAUCAGAUACCGUGUCGAAAAACAAUAAGUAAUCGUAUAGAACAAUUAUACGAAGAUAAAGUAAACGACACAAAAACUUAUCUCGAAAAUAUUAACGGUAUCGCUCUAACUACUGAUGGCUGGAGUUCAAUGGCUAUAGACUCUUAUAUCACAUACACUGGUCAUUAUUUUGAUAAAAAUUGGAUAUUGCGUAAUUUAACAUUAUCAAUUGACGAAAUCUUAGAAUCCCAUACGGCUGACCACCUUAAAGACGAAAUUUUGGAGGUUGUGGAAAAAUGGCAUUUGUCUAAUAAGGUCACUGGCAUUACACAUGAUAAUGCAUUAAAUAUAUCAAAUGCAGUCAAAAGUUUGGAAAAGGAAUACAAUUUAUACUCAAAUAGAUGCGCAGCACACACAAUCCAAUUAGCCAUUAAGAAAGGUCUUAAUGGAAGUGUUUGUAGUCGGAUAUUAAAAGUAGCGUCUUCGAUUGUUGCUGCUUUUAGACAAUCUCCUAAGCGAUCUAAUGCAUUACAGCUAUAUUUACAACAGACGGGUCAAAAACAGUUAGCUCUAGUCCAAAGUUGUCCCACUCGAUGGAAUUCGUCCUUAGCAAUGUUGGAACGUUUGCUUUUACUGCGCAGGGCUGUUGUGUCAGUCUUAUCGGAUCGAGAGCACUUCAAUGUAAAAACCGCAAAAAAAUUAGAAAUGUUGGAAAACGACUGGGACAAAUGUGAAAUCCUCGUCAAGUUGUUAAAGCCUCUGCAAUUAACCACGACAAUACUAUGUUCUGAGCAGCAAAUAACGAUAUCAAUGGUAAAUAUACAACAUAAUACAAACUUGGUAACAAGCAAUUUUGUUUUUCAAUAAUAUAAAAACAUGUAAAACUUAUUUAUUGUAUUUCAGGU